AUGGUGCUAUUUCUCAUUCCAGGUUUAAGUUUAUCUAUUCAUGGGGCUGAAAAGCAUUUGCAAAUCCAUCAACGGCGAAGUGUGGCAAGACACCCAGGGUCACGUCGCCAGCCUGUGGUCAGGCAUUCCUCACUUCCACCAGGCAGGAGGUCAAUAAAAAUGGAGGCAAGCUCUUCUGGAAUCACUAAUGGGAAAACCAAAGUCUUCCACCCAGAAGGAGGUGUGGAUUUGCAAGGCUACCAGCUGGAUAUGCAAAUACUACCUGACGGCUCAAAGAGUGAUGUGGACUUUUCAGAGAUUCUUAAUGCAAUACAAGAAAUGGCCAAGGAUGUCAAUAUUCUUUUUGAUGAAUUAGAAGCUGUCAACAGUCCUUGCAAAGAUGACGAUUCUCUGCUUCACCCUGGAAACCUGACCAGUACUUCAGAUGAUGCUAGUAGAUUGGAAGCAGGGGGAGAGACAGUGCCAGAAAAAAACAAAUCAAAUGGACUUUACUUCAGAGAUGGAAAGUGUCGAAUUGACUAUAUUCUUGUGUACAGAAAAUCCAACCCACAGACCGAAAAGAGAGAAGUAUUUGAAAGAAAUAUUAGAGCAGAAGGAUUACAAAUGGAGAAAGAGUCCUCUCUAAUAAAUAGUGACAUUAUCUUUGUGAAGUUGCAUGCCCCAUGGGAAGUGCUUGGAAGAUAUGCAGAACAAAUGAAUGUAAGAAUGCCUUUCAGGAGAAAAAUCUAUUACCUGCCCCGCCGGUACAAGUUCAUGAGCAGGAUCGAUAAACAAAUAAGCAGGUUUCGGAGAUGGUUACCUAAGAAGCCCAUGAGGCUGGACAAGGAGACACUGCCAGACCUGGAGGAGAAUGACUGCUACACUGCCCCUUUCAGCCAGCAAAGGAUCCACCACUUCAUCAUACACAACAAAGAUACUUUCUUCAACAACGCCACAAGAAGUAGAAUCGUACAUCAUAUUUUACAAAGAAUAAAGUAUGAAGAAGGAAAAAACAAAAUUGGUCUGAAUCGUUUGCUUACCAAUGGCUCCUAUGAAGCUGCAUUUCCUCUGCAUGAGGGAAGUUACAGAAGUAAAAACUCCAUUAGAACCCAUGGAGCGGAAAACCAUCGACAUCUGCUCUAUGAGUGCUGGGCCUCCUGGGGUGUGUGGUAUAAAUACCAGCCUUUGGAUCUUGUAAGGCGGUACUUUGGAGAGAAGAUUGGGUUGUAUUUUGCCUGGUUGGGCUGGUACACUGGCAUGCUCUUCCCAGCGGCCUUCAUUGGAUUGUUUGUUUUCUUGUAUGGAGUCAUUACUCUGGAUCACUGCCAAGUCAGUAAAGAAGUCUGCCAAGCUACAGAUAUCAUCAUGUGUCCUGUGUGCGAUAAAUACUGUCCAUUCAUGAGGCUGUCAGACAGCUGUGUUUAUGCCAAGGUAACCCACCUCUUUGACAAUGGAGCCACUGUCUUCUUUGCUGUUUUCAUGGCAGUCUGGGCGACAGUUUUCCUGGAGUUCUGGAAAAGACGGCGAGCUGUAAUUGCUUAUGACUGGGAUCUGAUCGACUGGGAAGAAGAGGAGGAAGAAAUACGGCCCCAGUUCGAAGCGAAGUACUCCAAGAAAGAGCGAAUGAAUCCUAUUUCAGGAAAGCCAGAACCAUAUCAAGCAUUUGCAGAUAAAUGCAGCCGACUUAUUGUUUCUGCAUCUGGGAUAUUUUUUAUGAUCUGCGUGGUGAUCGCUGCCGUGUUUGGGAUCGUCAUUUACCGGGUGGUGACUGUCAGCACUUUUGCUGCCUUUAAGUGGGCAUUAAUCAGGAAUAACUCUCAGGUGGCAACCACAGGGACUGCCGUGUGCAUCAACUUCUGCAUCAUUAUGCUGCUGAAUGUGCUCUAUGAGAAAGUUGCACUUCUUCUGACAAAUUUAGAACAGCCUCGCACAGAGUCCGAGUGGGAGAACAGCUUCACCCUGAAAAUGUUUCUUUUUCAGUUUGUCAAUCUGAACAGUUCCACAUUUUACAUCGCGUUCUUCCUUGGAAGAUUUACAGGACACCCAGGUGCCUACUUGAGACUGAUAAACAGAUGGAGACUAGAAGAGUGCCAUCCUAGUGGAUGCCUUAUUGAUCUCUGUAUGCAAAUGGGUAUUAUAAUGGUGCUAAAGCAGACAUGGAAUAAUUUCAUGGAACUUGGCUACCCGUUAAUUCAGAAUUGGUGGACCAGAAGAAAAGUACGACAAGAACGUGGACCCGAAAGAAAAAUAAGUUUCCCACAGUGGGAAAAGGACUACAACCUUCAGCCCAUGAAUGCCUAUGGACUCUUCGAUGAAUACUUAGAAAUGAUUCUUCAAUUUGGAUUCACAACUAUCUUUGUGGCAGCUUUUCCCCUAGCACCACUUCUGGCCUUACUGAAUAACAUAAUUGAAAUUCGACUUGAUGCCUACAAAUUUGUCACACAGUGGAGGCGACCUUUAGCUUCAAGGGCCAAAGACAUAGGAAUUUGGUAUGGAAUUCUUGAAGGCAUUGGAAUUCUCUCGGUUAUUACAAACGCAUUUGUCAUAGCGAUAACAUCUGACUUUAUCCCUCGCUUGGUGUAUGCUUAUAAGUAUGGACCUUGUGCAGGCCAAGGAGAAGCUGGACAAAAGUGCAUGGUUGGCUAUGUAAAUGCCAGCUUAUCUGUGUUUCGAAUUUCUGACUUUGAGAACCGAUCUGAGCCUGAGUCUGAUGGCAGUGAGUUUUCGGGGACUCCUCUCAAGUAUUGCAGAUACCGAGACUACCGUGACCCUCCUCAUUCACUGGUGCCCUAUGGCUACACACUGCAGUUUUGGCAUGUCCUUGCAGCUCGAUUGGCUUUUAUCAUUGUGUUUGAGCACCUCGUGUUUUGUAUAAAGCACCUCAUUUCAUAUUUGAUCCCAGACCUCCCGAAAGAUCUAAGGGAUCGAAUGAGAAGAGAGAAGUACUUGAUUCAGGAGAUGAUGUAUGAAGCAGAGCUGGAACGUCUCCAAAAGGAACGAAAGGAGAGGAAGAAAAAUGGUAAAGCACACCACAAUGAGUGGCCAUGACCAGGUAAUAGUUUAUUUCCAAACCAAGGACCUGAAUUCUGUUUACUUCUCCCAGCUGUGCAAAAGCACAUUCAAGUGAAUGACUAAAACGCAGCCGCAGUGCAUGUCGCAG